AUGACGGUAGUUAACAGAGUGGUGAAGCCCCCUGGUGGCGACUCCACCGCCGAUGUGCUCAACUGGAGCGAGGGCGCUGACACUGGCGUUCCCGAUGUGCUUGGUAGCGGAAAGAAGUGCAUCAAGCGCCUUAGCCAGAAAAACUUUGAGAGCCAAGUGGUCCUCGCCCACGUGGAGGCUGACACCAAGCAAUCAGAGACUCCCGAGGUUGCACCCGCUUCCGACAACAUCUUCACGCCGUCCGAUCAGACCGACCGUCCCAGCGUGCGCCUCCACCAGCCUGCAGGCGGCAAGAGCCAGAUUCUGUUCGGCGACGAGGACUACCUGCCGACAAAGGCGCUGUGCCCGCAGAAGCUGACGGACCUCAUGGGCACGCUCAGCUGCGAGCCGGACAGCGAGGAGAAUCGCCGCCCGCUGUGCCAGGCGAAGCUCAAGGACCUGUACGGCUCGCUGUCGUUGUACGGAGAGGAAGUUGUGGAGGAGGUUCGCCCGUCCAUCACCGUGCACCAGCCCGCCGAAACGUCGACCGUCCGAUCGGAAGAUAAUCGAUUUGAUGGGUCGCGGGACGAUGGAGCCGACGGACGCGGGGAAGCAGCAGCUUAG